AUGUUCUUUCGACUUUUCUUGUUUUUAGUUCUUUCAUUCAAUCAACCAAAGUUUUCUUCAACACCCAUUUGGGAUUCUAAUGGAAUUACUUUUGCUGAUCAAUCGAUUGUUGGUCAACAUCCUAACGCCGUUUUUGUGAGCACUAAUAACACAAUCUAUGUCGCCAAUUGGCAAGACGAUACAAUUCUAAUUUGGCAAGAGGAGAGUGUCAAUCCAACCAAGAUCAUUCGCGGUAGUUUUAUAGGACCCUAUUCUCUCUUUGUGACAUCAAGUGGUAAUGUUUAUAUUGAUGAUGGACUUAAGAAUAGUCGAGUUCAGAAAUGGAUAGCAGAAACAAAUAACUUUGUCACGGUAAUGAAUGUCAGCACAUCAUGUUGGGGUUUGUUUGUCGAUAUUAAUGAUACGCUUUAUUGCUCAAUGUCUAAUCAUCAUCAAGUAGUGAAAAGACCAUUAAAUGAUGCUGUGAUGACUUCAAAUGUUGUUGCUGCUGGAACAGGUAUUCAAGGAUCAGACUCAAAUCAACUUGAUGUCCCAAUCGGAAUUUUUGUCGAUGUGAACUUGGAUUUAUAUGUAGCCGAUUAUGAAAAUCAUCGAGUUCAAUUGUUCCAGCCAGGAGAAUCAAAUGGCAUCACAGUAGCUGGAAAUGGAUCACUAAAUCCAACAAUUACACUUCGUUAUCCAAGUGGAGUUAUAUUAGAUGCCGAGAAAUAUUUAUUCAUUGUGGAGUAUGGCAAUAGUCGCAUUGUUGGCUCAGGCUUGAAUGGUUUUCGAUGUUUAGUUGGAUGUUAUGCAGUGAGUUCUCAAUCCAGUGACCUGACAACGCCAUUUAGUUUUAGUUUCGAUCACUCUGGAAACAUGUUUGUUACUGAUCGAGGAGAUUCUCGAAUUCAAAAAUUUUUCUUGAUGAAAGAUUCUUUUGCUCUUUCAUUCAAUCAACCAAAGUUUUGUUCAACUGCCACUUGGGAUUUCAAGGGAAUUACCAUUGCUAAUCAAUCGAUUAUUGGUCAGCAUCCUAACGCCGUUUUUGUGAGCACUAAUAACACAAUCUAUGUUGCUAAUCAAGAGAAUAACACAAUUGUGAUUUGGGAUGAAGACAGUGUCGAUCCAACAAAGAUCAUAUCGGGUAAUUUUACAAAACCCUAUUCGUUGUUCGUGACAUUGAAUGGUGAUAUUUAUAUUGAUGAUGGUGAUAACAAUGGUCGAGUACAAAAAUGGAUAGCAGAAACAAAUAACUUUGUCACGGUAAUGAAUGUCAAGUCAUCAUGUUAUGGUUUGUUUGUCGAUAUUAAUAAUACUCUUUAUUGUUCAAUGUAUAAUCAUCAUCAAGUAGUGAAAAGAUCAUUAAAUGGUCUCGUGAUGGCUUUAAAUCGUGUUGCUGCUGGAACAGGUAGAUACGGAUCAGCCUCAAAUGAACUCAAUUUUCCUCAUGGAAUUUUUGUCGAUGUAAAUUUGGAUUUAUAUGUGGUUGAUUAUGGGAACCGUCGAGUUCAAUUGUUCCAGCCAGGAGAAUCAAAUGGCAACACAGUAGCUGAACUUCCAUCACGAGAUCUAACAAUUGUUUCUCCUAUACCAAUUGGAAUUCUAUUAGAUGCUGAGAAAUAUUUCUUCAUUGUAGAUCAAUACAAUAGUCGUAUUUUUGGUUCACGUUUAAAUGGUUUUCGAUGUUUAGUUGGAUGUUAUGAAAGGGGUUCACAAUCCAAUCAAUUGAAUAGUCCAUCUAGUUUGAGUUUCGAUCGGUCUGGAAACAUAUUUGUGACUGAUACAGAUAAUCAUCGAAUUCAAAAAUUUCAAUAUAUCGAAGAAUCAUGUGCGAAUACUUCAUCAGUUGUUCAAACAGUUUAUGCAUCAGAAUUGACAACGAACAGUCCAACGUAUUUACAUACGUGUUUCGUUUUAAGCACUUACUAUGAAGCGAUACAAGUGAAUGUUCGUGGAAGUGGUCUUUACACUUUCUUCAGCAAAAGCAGUAUGGUCACAUAUGGCUCAAUUUACAAAGAACAUUUUAAUCCAUCGAAUCCAUUUCAAAACCGACUCUUAUACAAGUAUUAUAGCUGCAUUCUACAUCAGUUUAGAUUUACAAUUGCUCUUCAGAGUAGUAUUAAAUAUAUAUUGGUUGUGUCAACGGUUAUCUCCAAACAGAAAGGUGAAUUCUCAAUCUUUGUAUCUGGUCCAGACAAUGUUGAUCUCAAGAAUAUUAGUUCUCCAUCAGUCACCGAAAUAAAAUAUUCAUUAGCUGUACAAUCAAAAUAUUCAUUACAGCUGACUGCAAAUAGCCAGACAUAUUCUCGAGAUUGUCGAAAAUCAAACUAUUACUAUCAAACUAUACGAGUGAAUGUAGUGGAAACUGGAUACUAUGCUCUGAGUAGUAACAGCAGUAUGGAUACGUUUGGUGAUAUUUACAAAGAUGAUUUUAAUCCAAUGAAUCCGUUCGAGAAUCUACUUUCACAAGAUUAUUGGAGAUGUAUUUGGGACGAUUUCAGUCUUAUCGCUAAUCUUCACAGUGGUACUACAUACAUAUUAGUGGUGACAACAUCUUCUCCAAAUGUAACAGGAAAAUUUUCCAUUGAGAUAUCCGGUCCAAAUCAUACGGUUUUUGAUCCUUACAGUAAGUAUUUUGUAUUAUUUGUAAAUCAUUAA